CCCUCUGCGAAAAUGUUCGGCCAUGUGUAAUUUGUUAUGAUUCUUCGCAAGACAGUGGAACAUUUUACCUGUCAAACAUUGUCAGAUGGAAUUAUGAUGAUUGAUCGCUCCCUGCCCCGACUAUGAACGCGACUCUACUGCGCUGCUGAUAUGGAGGAUGCCGUGAGCCGAGAGUCUGUGGAUUCCUCCUCAACAGGUGAUGACUUCGUGGUUGUCAAUGCUGACCCAAAGUUCAAGUUGACCGGUGAUAUUAACGACCUAGACGAAGAGGUUGGUGCCGGCAAGUUCCUAUCCCCCAAAAUGGCUGCGUCUGCUGCUACCACCCCUGAACAAAAUGGCAUGGAAUUGGAGAAGGUGGAGCAUGCGAUACGUGGUAGCCAGUCGGCUGAUGUCCUCAUCCCUGAUGCGUCCAACAUCGUAGGGCCCAUCAGUCACUCGGAGAACAUGUCUGUGAUGGGUCUGGGGUCUGCAGAUGUCGGGCUCAACCAGAUUACUGCCAAUCGUGGCCGAUCGACCUCGCUUCCUACAAUUCCCGGCACAGACUGUACGGUGUUUGAUGGAGUCACCUACCUUGGUUGCGCUACUGUCAACGCACCUCGCAGUGAGGUGGAGAUCUACCGCAACAUGGCAGUGCUGAAUGACCAAUCACAGAUGGCUAUCCCUGUCACUCUCACCGUGCCCAGUACGUCGGAGGGAUUUGUAGGAUUGAUCGAUCCAGCAAGCAGCACAGAGAUUGCCAGUUACCGUAUUCACCGCAUUCUGUUCUGUGCAAGAGGUCCGACUGACAGCAGCGAAAAGAAGUGCUUUGCAUUCACGUGUAGCCAUGGCGAUACAGCUGAGACCGCCAUUUUCCAGUGUCAUGUGUUCCGCUGUGACCUUCCGGAAGCAGUGGCAAAAAUCCUGUACAGCUUUGCGACAACAUUCCGCCGGGUUCCCCGCAGCACACGGACUACAGCCUCAGCAGUUUUGCCUGAGAUCGAUCAGAACUAUGUAUUCACUGUGGGCAUUGAGUUCAAGGAAGAUGAUGGCAAGGGGAACUACUCUGCUGUACCGAAGGACAAGUCAGUGUUCAAGUUCCGCUCUAACGUCGAGAAGAGGAUUAGUAUCUGUGUCACUCACACUGGUCCGAUUGAGCUAAAGAUUGAACGAUGUUUUGGGCUGUUGAUCUCACCAGGGAGGAACGUUAAGCAUAGUGAUAUGCAGCUGAUUGAGUUGAACUCUAUGGGCUAUGCUGGUGAUGGCCGCAGUUACACCAUCUCAGGGCAGUGGGACCCCAGCGAGAAAUGUUUCCUUGUGCUGAACGAGGAGACCCCAAAAGACACGCGAGUAUUCCUGACUGUGGCGGUCGACCUAGUGAUAUUCGGUAUUCAGGAACCUGUCAGGUUUGCUGUGGAGACCAAAGCACGCAUCUAUCCUUCCAACGAGCGGUUCUGGUACUUCACCAAGAAACCCCACUUUGAGCAGUUCCACGUUAGACUCAAACAGGUGGAAGGCAGUAACCAUGAUGGGGCCAACUUUGAGGUUGUCCAUGUUGAGAGCCAGACAGAAAUGGACAGGAAGAGCACUGGCAUGAGCCUCAGUCUGAGCAGCAGCAAACACAUCCCUGAGCCAGUCCAGACACCACAAGAAGAGGAGGAGUCGGAUGGCGACGAGCCGCUGCUCAGUGGGUCUGGAGUGGUGAGCAAGGAGGUGACUGACGAGAACCUGCUGGACGCCUGGCACGACGUCCUCACCAAGUGGCACGCCAACCUCACGCAGCGCCCCAAACAGGUGACCCCCCUGGCACGGAAGGGUGUACCCGAGGCUCUCCGUGGGGAAGUGUGGCAACUCAUCACUGGUUGCCAUGACAGCAGUGAACUACUGGAAGCUUACCGGAUCCUCAUCACCAAGGAGUCUGCAUGUGAGCCGGUGAUCCAACGAGACAUCAACCGAACAUUCCCUGCUCAUGACUUCUUCAAGGAGUCUGGAGGUCUUGGGCAGGAUUCUCUCUUCAAGAUCAGCAAGGCAUAUGCGAUCUAUGAUGAGGAGAUUGGCUACGUCCAGGGUCUCUCAUUCCUUGCUGCUGCACUGUUGCUACAUAUGCCCGAGGAACAAGCCUUCUGUGUCCUAGUGAAGAUCAUGUUUGACUACGGCCUGCGGGACCUGUUCAAGCAGGGUUUUGAGGAGCUACAUCUCAAGUUCUACCAGCUGGAGAGACUCAUGCAGGACCAGUUGAUUGACUUAUAUGGACAUUUUGCUGACAUGGGUUUGGAGAUUCACAUGUUUGCUUCACAAUGGUUCCUGACGCUCUUCACGGCCAAGUUCCCCUUGCAUGUGGUGUUCCAUAUCCUGGACCUAUACCUCAGUGAGGGCAAGGAUGUUAUCUUCAGUGUGGCCCUGGCAUUGUUGAAGGGUUCUAGGAAGGACCUUCUAGCACUGGACUUUGAGGGAGUCCUGAAAUACUUCCGCGUCCAGCUGCCCAAGAAGUACCGCACUGACGACGCUGCUAAGGAUCUGAUGAGGACAGCAGUCAGCUCCAAGGUAACCGCUCGCAAGUUGAAGAAAUACGAGCGAGAAUACGUCCAGAUGAAGGAACACCAGCUGCAGCAGGAGAAUCCCAUCGAGAGGUUUGAGCGCGAGAACAAGCGGCUCCUGGAGGACAAUCUCCGUCUGGAACAGGAAAAUGAUGACCUCGCCCAUGAACUGGUAGAGAGCAAACUGGCCCUCCGCAGUGAGCUGGAUGCUCUGGAGGACUCCCACGAGGCUCUGAUGAAGGAUCACAUGAGCACCCAGAAGAUGUUGACAGAGACGGAGGAGGAGAAACGGCGACUGGAAACAGAGUCCUCACAGCUAAAGGAGAUGUGUCGGCGGGAACUGGACAGGGCGGAGUCUGAGAGCCAGCGGAACUCUGCCAUCAUUGCUGACUACAAACAGAUCUGCUCCCAGCUGAGUGAGAGACUCGAGAAGCAGCAGCCCAGCUGGGACCUGGGACGUAUUAAGGGUCAAGUGAAGUCAUGUGAUAAAUGCUCCAAGAUGUUCACUGAGGAUGGCAAGGUCAAACUGCCAGAGGUCAAGGCCAAUCCUGAAGACAGCAACCCGUGUGUGUUGGAUUUGAGGAAGCAGGUCCGGGAACUGGAGCUAGAGCUGGCCCAGACGAAGCUGGCUCUGGUAGAGUCUGAGUGCAAGACGCAGGACCUCACCCACCAGCUCAACUCGGCCAUCAGCGAAAUACAAGCAUCCAAAAACACAUGGUUCCACAAAACCAUCAGCUCCAUUAAGGAGGUGACAACAGUCAAUAAGAAGGAUCCCAAGGAAUGAGCCUGUGUCGUUGUGAUGCCAUUGUCAGGGAUGACAAAGUGGAGGUUAUGUAGGACCCCUAGCAGAUGAUGCUUGUGACUCUUUGACAGAGAAUAUUACUGUGUUGAUCACUGACUGAAUAUGUGUCAUGUUGGAUGUGGAUGUAGUGUGCUAAAUCUGUGGAUGGCAGCGCUGACAGAACCAGCAUGUAGUCAACCUCUUGGAGAAUGACUUUGGGUGUCAUUUGUACAGUUGUGUCUUUACAGAGCUGUCUUUGAUACAGAGUGUCCUAAGUACAAGGAUGGUCUUGGUAUGGGUUGUCUCUAGCACAGGGUGUCCUUUACAGGGAUUUCCACCUUUCGAUGUUGUCCUGGGCUCUGACGUGUCCACAGUACAUGGGUGACCUGAAUAGAAAGGUUCUCUGUACAGUGGUAUAGGGGUGUCCUCAGUAGAGGAGUGUCUGUUGUACAGGGUGUCCUUUACAGGGAAUUCCACCUUUCGAUGUUGUCCUGGGCUCUGACGUGUCCACAGUACAUGGGUGACCUAAAUAGAAAGGUUCUCUGUACAGUGGUAUAGGGGUGUCCUCAGUAGAGGAGUGUCUGUUGUACAGGGUGUCCUUGGUUGAGGAGUAUUCUUGCAUGAUUCUGGUGUAGAAUUAUUGAUCUUGGCUGGGAGUGCAAUGUGGAUGGUCUAACUUACACUUAGACAGUGUAGGUAUGUGUGCAGAUCUUGUAAACUACAUCACCAUUUGACAUGUGUAGGUGUACCAGCAUAACAUCAGUGUAUGAUGUAUCAACAAUGCAUGGAUGUACCAGCAUGUAUGAUAUAUUUACUGCUAUGGCAUGUAUAGGUGUAACAGCAAAACGCCAGUGUACAAUAUAUAUCCAAUAUGUGGGUGUACACGAUAUAUCGACAACACAUAGGUGGACCAGUGAUAAAAUGUAUCCAACACGUAGCUGUACCUGCAAACAUGAGUUAAGAAUAUAUACAACAUGGAAGAUACCAGCGGAUCAGUGCAUGGUGCAUCUACAACAUGUAGGUGUACCAGCUAAUACAAAUGUACAAUAUAUCCGAGACACUCGAGGGUGCGCCAGCAAAACAACAGUGUCCAGUGUAACAUUUGCAGGUGCAGCUGCACAGAAUUGGUGUGCAAUAUGUCUCCUGCACAGAGAGUUGGAAAUAUAUCAAAGAUCACAUAGAGCUAUCAGAAUGUACCAGCAUGGGAAAGAUACAUUGACCAAACCAAGUACUGAUGUACUGGUAGACUGAAGAAGAUGUUGCUGGCAGGAUAUCCAGGUCAAUUUAACCUUAAGAGGAGGUUAAUGUCUGAAGCAAUGGCUAAAAGUUCAAGGACAGAAGUUUGAGGUCAAAAGUUCAAGGUCAGACGUUUGAGGUCAAAAGUUCAAGGUCAGAAGAUAGACAUUUGAAUUACCAACUUCCUGUGACAUAUAAUCAGCACUUGUGUGUAACCAGUAGAUCACAUUGUGAUGCUGUGUCUAGUCCUUAUAUAUAUAACUUAUUGUACUCACCCUCCCUGUUCAGUGAGGGGACGGAUUCCACCAUCAGAGCCAUGGUGGCGAUAUACGAAUAUUUAAAACUCGUUUCAAAAUAUGCAUUACCGUCAUGUUUGUAAUGGUUACAUAGUGAUCGAAUUUCAUAAGUUCAUUGUGCAUUUUCACAUGAUAGGCUGCAGUGGAAUGAAGAUAUUUUAUUUAUCGGUUGAUAUUUGUUAUGUUAGUGUUUCUAACUCAUUCCAGUGUUGGAUCCAGGUAUUGCCGGUGUUAUUUAUGUCAUAUAACCCAGUAGGCGGAAACAGUUGUUCCAGGAAUAAGUUCAUGCGUCUGUAGAAUCGGUAUUGCAUCCAUAAAUUAAAGAUUUCAGAAAUGAGUUCACAGUUACAAACUGUCAGUACAGGAAUCAGUUUAUUGCAUUUCUCUGUGUUGUUUUUAUGAUUGGUAUGACAACCAUUGUGCAAUAUGAGUUAAUACCUCACAAAUACAGGAUCCACCCUCUCAAGGAACACAAGCCUGACAGGCUGCAAGACCUUGUACAAGUAGAAAUCCAUACGCCAGCAUCUUUGUGUUUUUUUAGCGUAGUUUUGUUUUUGUGGAACUUGUUUCUGUUGAAAUAUUAGCAAUUACCACAGGGUACCAUGUAUUUUUUCUUUCUUUUCAAACAAUAUGUCAGAAAACCAGACUCAACAAAACAAAUCAAGGGUCGAUUGCAGCUUACCAAUGAUCAUGCAUAUAGUUGCCAUGGUUACUAUCCAUUCCUUUCUUCAUCCAUGUUGUGUAAUUGGUGACAUCAGAGGCUGACAGCUCCUCCAGACAUAAUGUAGCUUGCUCGUCUGAAUUGGAAUAGUUUGAAUAAUGCCAUACAUUCUCAUUUGUGUCCUAUCAUAUUUUGCAAUGUUUGUGAUGUUGAUAUGCAAUGGAAAGUUUUUGAUCCAUCCUCACCAAUCAAGAGCAUAAUAAUAAAUCAUCUGUGAGCAUAAUUUAUGUUGAGGUCGUGUGUGUGGUAACUGCUCCGAUACCCACCUCUUCACCCUGGCAUCGUAUAUCAAAAGAUAUAAUCAUAUGGUUUCUAGGUAUAACUUUAUAAUGAUCUUUUAGUAAAGCUUCACUAAUUUAUCCUUCACUGUAAAUAUGAUAUAAUUCAACUGAAUGACAAUAUUGGACUUGACAUUGUCUGUGGCCACUUAAUACCCACAACCUAACCUCUACCCCACCUGAAGCUUAGGGCUGUGGGGUAGCCUAGUGGUUAAAGCAUUUGCUUGUCAUGCCGAAGACCCAGGAUCAAUUUCCCAAAUGGGUACUAUGCGUGAAGCCCAUUUCUGGUGUCCCCAGCCGUGAUAUUGCUGGAAUAUUGCUUAAAGCGGUGUAAAACUAUCCUCACAGACUCAGAGGAGAGUGUUUAUUCACUGAGGACUUUCAUCAUUUACAGCUGUUUUUUGUAUAGGUCGUGUUGGUCAUAAUCAAACUGCGCCCGCACACUAUUUAGCAUAAAUGUGUUGCCAUGGUAACUCUGGUUAUUAACGCCCAGCUUGACUCUGUUAAUGCAUUGAAUGUUGUUAUUGUCAGAUGUUUGUUUUGCAGGUUUUAUUUGUAUAUGCAUAAGCAAUGCAUUUUAUUUUGUAUAUACAAAGCUUGAGACUGAAAAAGUCGUGUUAUUUAUUUUGAAAUGCUGUAUAGGCUAAUAAAAUGCUGUAUAUAUAUAUAUGCUAAGAUUAUUGUAUUGACCAUUCCUUGAAGGGUUCCACAAUGCUGUGAUCAUGCUGAUCAUUUAUUCUUGCCCACGAAAAUACAAAUUUCGAUAGAUGGGCAUGGACGGCCCUGUUGUGUAAUAUGCUGUAGCUGUUCAGAGUUCUCUCCCUUUGGCAAGACAGGAACUUACGACCAUAGAUUUGAAUCCUUGAUUAUGUUUCUAGGUUUGCCAGGGCUAUUCCUGUGCUAAUGAGUUUCACCGAAGACUUUCAUUACUCUGGACUUGCCUCCCUCGUCUAGCUGACAUGCCCUGAUGUAACUGAAAUCAUAUUCAAAGAGGUUUAGAGCCAACCCAGUCACUCACUCAUAAGAAUGGCCUAAUAUGCUGGUACCAGUACAUCUGCUGAUAAUGUUUCGUAUAGCAGGAACAUUGCUGAGUGAUGUUAGGCAGCAAACAAAAUAAUUAAUUUACUUAAGUUUUAAAAUCCAAAAUUUGAACAAUCGAUAGCCAGGAAGAAGUUUAUUUUGUUUCAUAAAUAUGAUUAUGGGUUUGAGAAGGGUAGUACUAUUUGAAGAGACAAAACAUGCCUGUACAUAGUAUAUAUUGGAGAAAA